UACCAUUAAUGUCUUAUGAUACACAGCUUAGAAGCCUGUGAAAAGCAAGUAACCUACAUCAUCACACACGCAAACUUCCACCUAAAAACUCACCAACUCCAGCUUUAUAACGGCACCAUUUUCAUUGCUUUCUCACACUCCCCAAACUCCACGCCCCUAUAUUCACAAGGUUACAAAAUUCUCUGGGCCCUCCCUUCCCCUCUUCACACGAAACCUAAGGUGCUCGUUUCUGUCCCUUUCUGUGAUUCAGCCCCCACCACUGCUCUCAACACAGUUCAUAAAAGUUCUCUGGGCACCGCCUCACCAGUCUUCUUCACAUCAAGUGGCGGCAUAUAUAAAACUGAUAAUCUAAGAGCUAGUAUGGGAAGCAAAGCACCUGCAAGCUGGGCUUAUCAAUGGGGCACAAGGGAGGAUUACGAUGGCAAGCUGAGUAGCCAGGUGGGGCACGGCAGCAGCAGCAAGAUGGAUGGUGUCAAGUCUGCGGCUUCUGCGGGACUCUUCAAGGCCAAGGCUGCUGCAGUUGUUGGUGCCCAAAAGGUUAAGACUGGAACCUCCCUCGGGUUUAGAUGGGUCAAGAAUCAUUAUCAGAAAAGGGUCUCCAAAUGAUCACUAUGAUCAUAUUGUUUUCCAUCUUCUUAAUUCUAUGAUCAGUAAUAACGUCUUGAUUACCAGUCCAAAGCAUGAAUUAUAUAUAUAAAUAUAUAUAUAUAUAUAUAAAUAUAGACUAUAUAGUUGUUCUAAUUCCUGCAUCUAUUUUAAUCUGUAAUAUUAUUAUUAUUAUUAUGUUCUAAUAUUUUAUGUACAUUUUGAUCACUUUUAUAUAAUGAAUUUGGCAGGGAUCGAAA